AUGGAACCAUUGUGGAGCCACAGUAGGAACACCGCUAAACCACCAUCGAACCACAGUCAAACCACAAUAAAUUCACAAGAAAGCCUUUGCUUAACCACGGUGAAACCACGAUGGCAAAACUUCACAAAAUCCACAGUGGAUCCACUGUCGUUCCACAGUACAUCCCGUGUAGCUUCUCAGUGGACCCUUCAUGAAAUAGCCAAAAUGAUUCAACUAGAGGAGAUGUCUAUAAAUUUAAACGAUCGUUCAAUCAGUGAUCAAUUUUUAAAAGAUCAAAAAAUUGCAAUGGAAGCACAGGACGCGGAGUUUGCACAAAUGUUACAGGAAAAAGAAAGAAUUAAAGCUCGCCGUGCACGUGAACGUGCUAAGCAGAAAAAAUUAAACCGUCAAUAUGGUCGAGAACAGAAAUUUUCCACUGAUGUGAUCGAACCCCAAAUUCUAAAUAGAUCAGAUUCAGCCAUCAGCAAUGAUAAGGAAUUGGUUCAACUUACUCAUGACUUCACUGACGAACUUUCUCCACGUUCAAAUAGUUCCGAAGUGCGAGUUUCUACUGACUCUAACGAAGAUUUUCAAAAGCUUUUAAACGUCGCAAUAAAAAUUGACCCUACGUAUUGUAAUGAUAAUGAUAAAAAAUGUUUAACUAAUCCCGGUAAUGAUUUGAGUUCUUCCCGCGUUUUUUCACAUUCUACUCAGGAGCUGGAAUGCGACAGUGCACCAUGUUAUAUGCCAAUACAAGGUCAACGACGUUCUCAAAUACCAUCUCCACCUAUAUCUCAUGAAGAAAAAAAUAAGCGUAAAGUGAAAGAUGGUUGUAAAAACCAAUAAAAUAUUAUAUGGCACACCAAAGCAACAAAAAGAAAUUGGUUUACUGGAGUAUAAAUAAAUUUAAGGGUGUGAUCUCAUGUUAAAAAAUUCUGAAAUUGCAAUUUAUCUACUUUUCAUCGUUUUUUCAAUUUUGUUUUUUUAAUAUUCACUUUGACUAUAACUUUCCAUUAUGGUUUAAUUUGAGAAUUUUAGCUUGGGAUGACUGGAUUUCCCUGAUGCUUUUAAAAAAAAUCACUGGAAGUUUAAAAAGAAUAUUAAGAACUGCUUUUUAGCGAUGAAUGCCUUACUAUUUAUUAAGUGACAUAUAAAUUUAAAUUUAAGUUUCUAACAAAUUUCUACGAUUUGUUACUAUUCUAUAAAAAUUACAGAUUUUAAUUUAUACUUUUAAGGUUGACACCACUAUGUUUUGAAGACGUCAACGAUUCAAAUUUCUAAAAAGUUCAGAUGAAAAAUUCUUUGAUGACAUUUAAAUAAAAAGAAUUUAUAUAAAUACGAAA